GUACAAAUCACUAUGACGAAAUCACAUAUUUAUUUAAAACACCUGAAACACCUUGUAUUAUACCACAUACACCCGAAGCGAUUGGUAUACAUAUAAUGACAACAUAUUGGACAAAUUUUGCUAAAUAUUCCAAUCCGAAUCCACCAACUCCAGACGAUUACGACGCCUACAUAAAUAUAGAAUGGAAACCAUAUACAUUGGAAGAACCAUUUUAUAUGGAUAUUGAUAAAAAAUUAUCUCUUAAACAGAAUUUGUUUAAAGAUCGUAUGAAAUUUUGGGAUCAGCUUUAUGUGGAAGCUGCUAUUGCGCACUCGAGUUUACGUUAA